AUGUAUACGGAUGCAAUAUCGAGUAGAACUGAAUUAAUUAUAUUAGGCAGACCCUCGAAAACCAUUCCAAUUUCUCAUGUGGACCCCUGGACUCGUGUCACUCGUACCGAAUUACAAUACUUGGAAUUUGCAUCGCCACUACUUUCGGGGAAUUAUCGUUUGGUCGAAAUUAAUCCAGUAUUAGCUGAUCGAAUAAUGGCCGGUGAACAGCUUGUUAUUCGCGGCGAUCAAGAAGACGGUGCUGUUUUGUGUACCCAUGAUGCUACAUUUGAUGUAAAGGAAGUGGCAACAUCAAAUGUAUUAUUACUUUUGCCAGAGUUUCACUUUAACGAUGAAGCGAAUGCUAAUAAAAGCAUUAAAACGGUUCGAAAGGUCAUUGGUUUAAAAAAUAAUUUUCUUGAAUUACGACAAAUGUCCUAUGUGCCAGUUCAGCGAUUGAAAGAAAAGCUCCAUGAGGGUGAAUUGGAAUGGGAUGAUGAAUUUAAUAACGACAAUAAGUUGUAA